AGCACAGAAGCGUGCACAGAACAAAUUCGGUACAAUCCGAUGCAGCAUCGGUAAGAUCGCUUGAAUUGCCUGAGUAUUCCAGUAAAAAAUUCACGUCACAAGCAUAAAGUUAGAAAAGGAAGCACGCGCUCUGAAGAUCUGGAUGUGCUGGAAGAUAUAAAAAGAAGUCGUUCAGUUGGUGAGCAGUUGCACCACGUUAUGGAAGAAAAAACAUGUAACGAUGAUUAUAAACUUAACAUCAACAGUUUUAAAAAUUUGACAGAGGAUGUAGAGGACGAUAGUGUUGAAUAUAUUUUUUGUGAAACACCUACCAACGAUAAAGAUGAUUUUUUCAAGCUGGACUUGACAGAAUCGACAGUAGACUUUGGUGGUUUAAAAUUAUGAAUAUAUCUAAUGGUGAAGACUGUGCUUUUGAAUAUAGUUCCUUUAAACAAGAUUAUGGGGAAUAUUCCUCCGUAAACAGUGAUAGUAAAGACUGUGAUAAUUUUAAUACUUUCGACGACAGCGAUAGUGAAUUAGGACAAUAUACCGUACCAUUUUGGUUGAUGAAAAAGCUUUAUCCAUAAAAACACGAACGAUAACCUGGACGACGAGGUAUCCCCUCAAAUUUCAGAAAAAAGUCUUACUAUAAAACGAUUUGAUACUAUCUUCAAAGAGACUGAACCUAAACAAGAUGAGACAGAAGAAGACAGUGCCAGUAUUUCUGAAGAUUCAUCAACCGGUACACUUAUGGAGAAAAAACAUCGUUCUAUCAACACACAUCAUAAAAGGCCACCUCAAAUUUCAGAAGAAAGUCUUACUAUAGAACGAUUUGAUACUAUCUUCAAAGAGACUGAACCUAAACAAGAUGAAAUAGAAGAAGACAGUGCCAGUAUUUCUGAAGAUUCAUCAACCGGUACACUUAUGGAGAAAAAACAUCGUUCUAUCAACACAUAUUACAAAAAGUCACCUCAAAUUUCAAAAGAAAGUUUUACUAUAGAACGAUUUGAUACUAUCUUCAAAGAGACUGAACCCGAACAAGAUGAACAAGAAGAAGAUAGUGCCAGUAUUUCUGAAGAUUCGUCAACCAGUACACUUACCGCAAAAAAGCAUCGCUUUAUUAAAAAUUCAGACGGUACUAGCAGUCGCAGGAGGAUGGCACGCAGAAGAACAGGUAUUCUUAUGAAGCGAAAUACUGUCAAAGAAUUGGCGCAUGUUUUUGAAAAUUUCGAGGAUGCAAGUAAAAAUGGUGAGACUGAGAGUUAUCGCAAAAGCUUUUUCGAGGAAAUGGAAAAGAAAAAUGAACAAAUGUUGCUGGAUGGGUUUGAUGAUGACGUUUAUUUAUCUAUAAAGAAACUUCAUUUAGAUGAUGAUGGGAAUAAAGAGAAAUUGAAAGUUUCUGUAGAUCCUGACGAGCAUGUGGUAAAAAGACAAGGUAUCAUAAUAAGCUUCUAA